AUGAGUAUAGGGCUGUCGCGACAAUCGCGCAGGCUCUUCUCAACACAUGUGCCCGAAGCUUUCCUCGAACCUCUCCAGUCUCACCUCGGUAUAACAUGUCUGUCUCUCAACCGACCACAGGCAAAGAAUGCUAUUUCAAUGAAAUUGCUUCAUGAAUUUCGCGAAUGUUUAGAAACCGCCAAGUACGACAAGAGCAUCCGAGCGCUGAUAAUACGUUCCAAUACAAUGGGUUCCUUCUGCGCAGGCGCCGACCUUGCAGAGAGACGUACUAUGUCUCAAAUUCAAGUCGCGAAAUUCCUUUCUGACUUGCGUGCUGCAUUUGGUCAAUUGGAAACCUUGCCUAUGCCAACAAUUGCUGCAAUCGAUGGUCCGGCAUUGGGAGGAGGGUUGGAAUUGAGUUUUGCCUGUGACUUGCGUGUGGCUGGACAUGGUGUAACAAAGAUAGGUCUUCCUGAGACGCGCCUCGGGAUUAUACCUGGAGCAGGUGGUACUCAACGUGCUGUCAGAUUACUGGGCAUAUCGAAAGCCAAAGCCCUGAUAUUCACAGCCAAGAUGCUGACAGCCCAAGAAGCACAUGAAUGGGGAAUAGUGGAUUAUGUAUCAUGUCCUUCUACAUCGGCCUUCGAACGGGCAGUCGAAUUGGCUCAAGAAAUAACAAAAAGCGCCCCAUUAGCGCUUCGAGCUGCAAAGCAGGCAAUUUCACGUGCAGCUGACCUCUCUUUGGAAUCAGGUAUUUUGCGUCUUGAUUUGGAGAGAGCGUCAUACGAAGUUCUUCUACCCACGAAAGAUCGGUUGGAGGCUUUAGAGGCAUUCAAGGAAAAACGACAACCCGUUUUCAAAGGGGAAUAG